AUGGAGAUGCGGAGACAGCUCAGCCCCGUGGCUGAGAAAAAACAUGCAGGCAUUGUUUCCGUUGUUUCUGCCACAUUGUUUCUGCCCCAAGUCGUUAAGCAGUCAACGAUGCCGCCCAGGUUCAAGGUCAAGGCUCCUAAACUCCCAUCUACCGCAAAACUGAACCGCGAAGCAAAGAAGAAGAAAUGGGCUGGCAUGUCUCCUCUAGGGACACCGUCAAACCCUCAGCCUCAACCUUCGGAGGAGCAAGAAGUCAUGAACAUGUCUACUUACUUCAAAGAAGAUGGUACUUGGGAGCAUAAUGAGCUUGAGCUGUCACCGAGAAAGAAAAAGCGGGUGAAGGUUCUUGAAGAUAUGGUAGAAGAGUGCAGAGAAACUGCUGAUUUUGCAGACGAGUUUGUAGAGGAUAGAUCAAUCAUGAAUGAUGACGGGAAUCCAGAAUGGGAAGACGAGCCAGACUCAGAAAACUGUUGA